CAAUCAAAACAUCAAACAGCAAAAAUGCGUCACGUCAAAUUUAUCGCCCGGACGGUGCUGGUGCAGAAUAACAACGUCGAGGAAGCCUGCCGGGUGCUGAACCGUAUCCUGGGCAAGGAGGAAAUUUUCGACCAGUUCCGGAGGACCCGCUUCUACGAGAAACCGUUCCAGACCAGACGCCGGGUGAAUUUUGAAACGUGCAAGGCCAUCUACAACGAGGAUAUGAAUAGAAAGAUCCAAUUUGUGCUUCGAAAGAAUCGGGCUGAUCCGUUCCCGGGAUGUUCAUAAGAAUUGCUGUGGUAAAUUAAUAUGUAGGUAUGAAUAAAUGGUAUGGGUCAUGCA